ACCCCGUGAGAUACUCCGUCGGAGAACAUGCUUCAGAAUCGAAUCUACCUGAAAUAGUGAACGUUAAACCAGUUUUUCAUUUUCAGUGUCUAUUGCUUAUCGUUAAUCUUUAAAUGUGCAUCGUUUAAUAAAAAAUAAAAAGUUAUAACAAAUAGAACUAUUUCUUUAAUAUUAAUAAAUUCAAAAAAGUGAAAUUAUAUAAAAAAGGAUAACACUCCUCGCGUGCAGCAAAGAUGGCCGAGUUAAAGGAGCAACCAAUCAGAAGGGAGCACGAUUCGAUGGACGAUUUUGAGCAUCUCGAACACGUCCAGGAUGGACAAUCAAGUCAUCUUGAAACUCACAACGAGAAAAUAGAAAAGAGUUCGAAAAAUAAUUUCGAUAUGGAACAGGAUAUGAUUAAUUUUUCCUCUAAUCAAUCAUCAAACGAACUAGAAGAUCCUAGAAAAGCGACAAUGUUACUGUUAGAGUCAGAGAAAGGAAGACCGGCUGAAGAAAGUAAUUUUGAGGUUAGAUCAAAAGAGUUUGAUUUCUUAUCAAGUAAAAUAGACGACCAAUCGGAGGUUAUGACGAUUCAACCGAUUAAUAAAAAAGAAGAAGAAAAACAAGAAAUUGUAGAAAAAGAAGAAGUUAAGGAAACCAAGAUUCCAGAUUGCGAAUCAGAAAUCAUUCUUAAUACAGAGAAAAAAAUAGAUAAUUCAUGGAAUGUUAUCGAAAAAUCUCCAAUUCCGGAAUCAAUUUUGAAACCAGAGAAAAGAGAAGAAUGUGUAAGUGAGAAUGUGCUUGCUGAUAUAGAGAAAAAAGAACGAAUCUGUGCAACAGAAACUGGAGAAUCUGAAUUUGAGUCAGAAGUUGAAAUAUCUCCAGUAAAAAGUUUCAAAUCAGUAAAACAGGAAGUGAAAAGAGAACCAGUGGAGGAAGUGGAAAUUGUACCGAAGGAGAUAUUUAGUAGUAUGGGAAUAGACGCAUGGUUUAAUCCUGAUAAACUCAAUCCAAAAGUGGCAGCUUUAAUUUAUUGGCGUGAUCCAAAGAAAUCAGGCCCCGUGUUCGGCUGCAUACUUGGCGUGCUCCUCUCGAUGGCCUAUUUCAGUCUGAUAAGCGUUCUUGCUUAUUUGUCUCUUCUUAUCCUCACCGGUACCAUUGCUUUUAGGAUUCACAGUACCGUCCUUCAAGCUAUUCAGAAGACUUCCGAUGGGCAUCCUUUCCAAAAUAUUUUGGAAAUGGACUUAACAUUGCCUGCGGAGAAGGUGCAUGAAGUAGCGGAUGUAGCUGUCGCACAUUUAAAUGCAGCAGUUUGUGAACUUCGUAGGCUCUUUCUUGUCGAAGAUUUUGUCGAUUCUUUAAAAUUUGGUAUCCUUCUUUGGUGCCUCACUUAUGUGGGUUCUUGGUUCAAUGGCAUGACUCUAAUUAUAAUUGGAGUAAUCGCCUUAUUUACAUUACCCAAGGUCUAUGAGACAAAUAAAUCACAAAUAGAUCAGAAUUUAGCAUUGGUACAAAGCAAGAUCAAUGAGCUCGCUGCUAAGGUGAAAGCUGCGAUACCAUUUGGCAAGAAAGAACCAAAAAAAGAAGAAUAAAUAUGAAAGUUUAUCACCACGCGGGAGUAAAAAAAAUUCAAGCGAAUUUUCCGGAUACUUACGAAAUCCACACAAGAAUGAAAAAAAGAGCAGUUAUACAGAAGUAUGGAAAUGAUUAUAAAAAAAAAAGAAUUUAAAAAAGAUAGAAAACAAAACAUAUAGAGUUUAAAGAAAUGAGAAAGAAAUAUUUACAAGAAAAUGCAGAAUAGAUAAAAUGAACAGCAAAAUGAAAUGUUAUGCCAAUGUUGAAAAAAAGAACGCUGAAAAAACCUAUUAAUUUAUAAUAAUAUUAUAAUAUUAUAUAAUGUAAUAUAAUAUUAUAAUAUGUAUAUAUUUUAUUAUAUUAUAAUAUUAUGAUAUAUAUUAUAUAAUAUAUUAUAACAUAUAUUAUAAAUGAUUCACGGAAAUAAAAGAUAAAAAAAGAUAUUCUUAGCGUUAUAAGAUUUAAAAACAGGAUAAUUUUUUUUAAUUCUGAAAUUCCUAUGUACCGAAGUAAAAAAUGAUAAAAAAAAGUAGUUACAAUAGAAGCAUGGCUUGCAAAGAAAAUGUAAUGAAUAAGCAUUGAAUAUAUGAAAAAAAAGAAAGAAGGAAAAAUAGUGUUAUAUAUAAUGAGAAAUAUUUCUGAAAGUGCAAGAAGAUUGAAAUGUGAAUCGCAAUAGGGUAACGGCUUCUAAAGAAAGGAAAACGAGAAGAGAUCACAAGGUAAUAUAAAGGAAAAAACUCGGAAAUUGGAUUUUAACAUCAUAAAACGAGUAUUCCUUUUUUGGAUCUACAAACUGUCCCUAUUAAUCGAAAUAAACAGAAAGAAGUAACA